AUGAGCGAAUCAGACGACGACACAGAGAACGAGAAUGAUGAUGCUGAUGAUCAUGAUCACACAUCAAACACUGAUGAACCGAUUGGAUCACCGGACCAAUCACCUCCAAGUUCACCGGAAUCAACUUUGGAGUACCAGGAUGAAGAUAACCAUGACGUUGUCGUUGGUCCUAAAGAGAAGGAGAAGAAGAAGGAUGAACCACUGAGAAUUCCAUCCAAGGUCAAGAGACUACAACUGUACAAAACUGCUGUCGAGUAUAUUGAUAACAAGGUGCCAUACUGGAAACACCUGGACAAUCUCAUAAAGUACGAGGAAUCCGCUGAGUAUUCUGACUGUGCCAAUACUGUGGCCUCAACGCUGAUUCAGAAGAUACUGAAGUAUUCAUUGAGAGGAGUCCAUUCUGAUCUGUUCAGAAUACUGGCCAAGAGGACAAUACAUCUCACUUCAGGAACUUCACAAUGA